AUGGCAAAGCGUCAAACCUCGGGGACACAGGCCAGUGGAGCGGGUGAAUUGUGGCUCUUCCCGCCUUCCGAUUUUUCGGACGUCGAUGCCAAAAGGCCCCAACAGCAGGGGUCGUGCAGCCCCACAAUUCCCACUCAGAUCCAGAAUGGGACCCUUGCCAACCCCAGCCCAACCGCCGCCAAGGCCAGGCCUGAAAGAACGUCCUGGUCAAAGCCUCCCUGCCACCAAUGGCCCACCGCAUUGGACGGGCCGGGCUUUAACACCCACCGUCUUGUUCCAGCUCCGGGGGGGUUGGGCACUCGGAAAUGUGUCGAGAAACUCGAGAGACCGACAAGAAACAGCGCACUCUUCACGCACAGAAACGACGACGACGACGACGACGACGACGACGACGACGACGACGACGACGACGUCUGCACGGAGGGUAACGUGCACAGCGAGCUCAGCCCUGGGCGGUUGGGCAGUUGGCCACGCUCGAGAGCCGAGUCGCCCAUUGAACCAUCGAGCCAUUGA